GGUCUCUUAGAGCGGCGCGCUCGGCGGAGCUCCUGCCACUGCCGUCGCCUCGGCAGCGGCUCUCCAACCCAGCGGCUCAGCCUCGGCCCCUCGGCGCCGCGUCCCAGGCCUCCUCUCCUCCCUCCGCCACUCCCCUUCCCUUUCCCGCCCUUCUCUCCCACACGGUCCACGGAGAGAGCCUGGAUACGAAGCAGGCGGACCUGAGAAGGGGGUUGGAAAAAUGGAGGUGCCGCGCCUGGAUCAUGCCCUCAACAGCCCCACCAGCCCCUGUGAGGAGGUGAUCAAAAACCUCAGCCUGGAGGCCAUUCAGCUGUGCGACCGGGACGGGAACAAAUCACAAGACAGUGGCAUAGCAGAGAUGGAAGAACUUCCCGUACCACAUAACAUCAAAAUAAGCAACAUUACAUGUGACUCAUUCAAGAUUUCAUGGGAAAUGGAUGCAAAAUCAAAGGACCGUAUUACACACUAUUUCAUUGACCUCAAUAAGAAAGAGAACAAGAACUCCAAUAAAUUUAAACACAAGGAUGUUCCAACAAAACUGGUGGCAAAAGCUGUUCCCUUGCCUAUGACUGUCCGUGGACACUGGUUUUUGAGCCCAAGAACUGAGUAUACAGUAGCAGUGCAGACUGCCUCAAAACAAGUUGAUGGUGAUUAUGUUGUGUCUGAAUGGAGUGAAAUUAUAGAAUUCUGCACAGCAGACUAUUCAAAAGUUCAUCUAACACAACUGUUGGAGAAGGCCGAAGUGAUUGCAGGACGGAUGCUUAAAUUUUCUGUUUUUUAUCGUAACCAGCACAAAGAAUAUUUUGACUAUAUUCGAGAACAUCAUGGGAAUGCUAUGCAGCCUUCUGUCAAGGAUAACAGUGGUAGCCAUGGCUCUCCUAUCAGUGGAAAAUUAGAAGGCAUCUUCUUCAGCUGCAGCACUGAAUUCAAUACUGGGAAGCCACCCCAGGAUUCACCUUAUGGAAGAUACAGGUUUGAGAUUGCAGCAGAAAAACUUUUUAACCCCAAUACUAACUUAUACUUUGGGGACUUCUACUGUAUGUACACUGCUUAUCAUUAUGUGAUUCUUGUUAUUGCCCCGGUGGGAUCACCAGGAGAUGAAUUUUGUAAGCAGCGCCUUCCUCAACUAAAUUCCAAGGAUAAUAAAUUUUUGACCUGCAGAGAAGAAGAUGGGAUGCUGGUUUACCACCAUGCCCAGGAUGUCAUUUUAGAAAUCAUUUACACUGACCCUGUGGAUCUUUCUCUAGGCACCGUGGCAGAAAUCACUGGUCAUCAGCUCAUGAGUUUAUCUACUGCAAAUGCAAAGAAAGAUCCCAGCUGCAAAACCUGUAAUAUUAGUGUUGGACGUUAAUGCCCACUUUUCUUAUUCUUAGUCCCUUUUCUUCCCUUUAGGAGCACUGAUCCUCUGUUGUCCAUUUUCAUCACCAGAUGUUUUCCACUGAAGCAUGCACAUGCCGCUAUCACCAAAAGCAAACUGCCACUUAUCAAAUUUCAUUCUGAGCUGUUUUAGUGUUCCCUAUUCCCUACCCUUCCCACUACUUUCAAUGAUGAAAUAUCCUAAGUUGUCCUUCUGACACUCUCUUGCCUAGAUGCUGCAAUGUUUUUAUUUUUCCUUUAUGCCAAACAUAACCAAACAAUUAUAUAAACUGCUGUAGCAAAAUACAAAAUAAUGGCUUAUAAAUGGUGUUUAAAUAUGCACUCAUUUUAAUCUACUGAACAAGUAUUGGGAUAACUCCAAACCGCAUGAAAGGGUGUAAUUGCAGCAUGAGUUAAAUCUUGAAGCCUAGAAUUGUCAGCACUUAAUUGUCAGCACUUCCAACUUGUUGUUUGACAGUGUUAUUUAUGUUAUUUAUAUUAGCUAACAGGAAACAACUACUGUGUUUCAACAUAAUAAAUAUAAUAGAAAAAUA